AUGAUUCAUGGUCAAGGUCUAAUGGCUAAUAGGUUUGGGAUGCCGGAAGUGGUGGCUGUGGCUAAGGGUGGUGUGUCCCUCAAGGCAGCGAAACAGUCGCUGACUAAAGUCACCAAGAAGCUGCCCAAGAAGCGGAGGAAGUCUCACAAGCAGAGCUAUUCCACUUACGUGUACAGUGGGCUGACCCAUGUCCGCCCUUCCACCAGGACCUUGUCCAAGGGCAUGAGUGUUAUGAAUUUCUUCAUUGUUGAUAUUUUCGAGCGCAUCGCCUCCGAGGCUUUGCUCUUCAUUCACUACAACAAGCGCCACACUAUCCCGGCCAGGGAGAUCCAGAGCGCCGGAAGUCUCACGCUGCCAGGGGAACUGUCAGACAGGAGCGGGCAGUCAGACAGGAGUGGGCAGUCAGACAGGAGCGGGCAGUCAGACAGGAGCGGGCAGUCAGACAGGAGUGGGCAGUCAGACAGGAGCGGGCAGUCAGACAGGAGCGGGUCAGACAGGAGUGGGCAGUCAGACAGGAUCGGGCAGUCAGACAGGAGCGGGCAGUCAGACAGGAGCGGGCAGUCAGACAGGAUCGGGCAGUCAGACAGGAGCGGGCAGUCAGACAGGAGUGGGCAGUCAGACAGGAGCGGGCAGUCAGACAGGAGUGGACAGUCAGACAGGAGCGGACAGUCAGACAGGACCGGGCAGUCAGACAGGAGUGGACAGUCAGACAGGAGCGGGCAGUCAGACAGGAGCGGGCAGUCAGACAGGAGUGGGCAGUCAGACAGGAGUGGGCAGUCAGACAGGAGCGGGCAGUCAGACAGGAGUGGACAGUCAGACAGGAGCGGGCAGUCAGACAGGAGCGGGCAGUCAGACAGGAGUGGGCAGUCAGACAGGAGUGGGCAGUCAGACAGGAGCGGGCAGUCAGACAGGAGUGGACAGUCAGACAGGAGCGGACAGUCAGACAGGACCGGGCAGUCAGACAGGAGUGGACAGUCAGACAGGAGCGGGCAGUCAGACAGGAGCGGGCAGUCAGACAGGAGUGGGCAGUCAGACAGGAGUGGGUUACGCAAGGGGAAAAGCAAAGUCAAACCAUCCUCUGUGGGUCCCACCUCACAAACAAAAGAUAAGUUUGGACCUCCGUUAAGUUUAAAAAUCAGAGAAAUAGUGUUUUCCGUGAUUUAUUAUGUUCAAUUUAUGGUACAGGUAUUAAUCAUUUUAGAUCAGACACAGCACUCUGUCGAAGCAGCUGAGGGGUCCACGAACCAGGCCCCCGACUCCAGCCCUGAGGACACCACGGAAGAGGAAUACGCAGACACCGACAUUUAA